UCUUCGUCGAUGAGCAGAGACGCUGACACGUCAUCCCUCGUUCUGGUUCCCGCCAGACAGCGUUCAAACUUGGCUCUCUUUCUCGUUCGAGCUGAUGCUCGCAGGACCUCGCCGGUGGCCUUCGAUCCUGGAAUUCGAUUGAAGUGCUUCGCCGAUGGUGCGGCUCAAUUCGUCGUUUUAAUCCCCGGGAGCUCAUCAGCGGAAGUGGAUGGGGUGAUUCGACGUCUGCUUUGACGCAGAAUUGGAUUUGUUUGGUCUCGUGUAUUAUGCGGCGACAUCUCGAGGAAAUGGGGUUUUUACGUCUUCCGAGUGUGAAUCUAUCUUUGAACAGAUUUUUCUCCGGAAGCGGUUCCAAUUGGGUGAAUUUCUUGGAGGACGUGAGGUGCUGAUGCAAUUGAUCACGUUUCAGCGUCUGCACGCUCAUGCAAUCGGAUGAUUGUAUUUUCUGACUCGAGGAACUUGCCGCAUACGAGUGGAUGUGUCAAACGCCCAGCCGGUUGCUGAGAAAUUAUGUGCUCCUUUAUCGACACGGAAACAUCGAAGCAUUUUUAGACGCGAGAUUUUUCAACGCGUUCGAAGAUAUAUGUUAGUAUAAGUCGAAGAGUUUCUUGGUCCGAAUCUUGUGACGAAGAGCUACGGCUUUGAAUUGUACAAUAAAAAUGGAAGCUUGGCAUAAUGACACGAGUGGAAUCUCAGCGGAUUAUAUGAAACAAAGAUCUUUCUUCUGAAUUCGUUAUUGCUGAUGGCAUGCGCUUGAAGUAUACAGAAAUAAAGCAAGCAAGUGAAUCGUCUCGCCAUGAGGAUCUCAGAAGCUCCGAGCUUUAUUCGAAAACGAGCUGCCAUCUACAACGAGGUUGAUGAUUCUUCUACCAAUCUGUCAAAGAGACAGAAGAAGUUCGUAUCUCCUGUUGCGAGGACUGGUAUCCUAAAGCAACUCCCCAGCAACGCAAGUAUAGGAAUCCCGAAAGGAGGCAGCUGUGCCGCAUCGGUUAUGUGUAAUCAGUACAACGUCACGAGGACUGCAGCUAAUAAAUCGAAUCCUGGAGAUAUUGCGACAGGGGUUAUAACCUUAGAGGAGGAUGAUGGCGAUGGUGAAGGAAAGGUCUCAAAUGACCAAAACAGGAUUCAAGCAGUGUGCGAGAAGCAAGUCCUCUCAGGAUCAGGGCACUUUGCGGCGAAGAAGAAAGCACGGCUUGGAGUCGGACUGAUGAAGCCAAGAUUUAGGCCGCCUGCACCGGCUCAGAGCCUCUCUGGACCUAGUCCCAUACAAACAGAUAGUCCUGGUUGUCCAUCAACAUCCUCUAAGUCUUCCUCAAUAGCUUCAAUUGUCCCCCAAAGUUGUCAAAUUCCCAGGAAGACCGAGGAGCAAAGUCCCACAAGCUACUACUGCGUCAUGUACUGCACCAGGAAGCCGAACGCCAAGCACAAAGGGCCUUGGUCGGAUGGCGUUCUUGUCUGUCGAGGACGAUCAUGCACUUUGCAAGACACCGAAGGGAAGGUUGUGACCAAAGACAAUGGCCAUCGUGGUGGUGACAAAUCGGAAGGUGCUAUGUUUCCGAUUGGUAAAUUUGAAGUUGAGAUAUUGACCAAGAGUACCGAAGAAGCGUUCCUCAGUGGCAAGAUCUUUACAGGGACACUCGACUUAGAGGCAGAUAUUACAAUCAACCUGGCGCCCAAAUCAAGGUUUAAAAGCUUCAAAAGACCGAUUCUCAAACAUAGCAGAGAUGGAACAGUCCUUCCUUCGACCACUCCAUCAACUCAUUCAGGUCCAACAAAUCUGCACCGUUCGCUGAAUGAUCCUCAGAAAACUACAUCAGGACAAAGAAUUGUGACAGAGGACUCAUUAAUCUUGAAUACAAAGGAGGUUCAACGAGGAGCCUCUCCUGUGAUUGUUGACCCUUACCUGUCUACGAAGCUGAGGCAACAUCAACGCGAAGGAGUGCAGUUUAUGUAUGAAUGCGUUAUGGGGUUGAAGAACUCUAAGUUCACCGGCUGUUUGCUAGCAGAUGCAAUGGGUCUUGGAAAGACGCUUCAAGUGAUUGCUUUGAUUUGGACACUUCUUCACCAGGGUCCUAAAGGACGCCCUGCCGUGAGGCGAGUGCUGGUCAUCUGUCCUUCAUCACUUGUGGAAAACUGGGGAAAGGAGGUGCGAAAAUGGCUGGGAAGUGAAAGAUUAAAUGCCCUGAUAAUCCAUUCGGGAACCCCAGCAAAAGAUGUGAAGCAGAGCAUUUCGAAAUUUCAAAUAGGAAAGCUUGCUCCUGUCCUAGUGACGUCUUAUGAGCUCCUUCGAAAGCAUAACGAGGACUUAAGAUCCGCCAAAGCUGAGCUGCUCGUUUGUGAUGAAGCUCAUCGACUCAAGAACUGUGCUGGUAACAAGACAAUCGAUGCACUCCUAGCUCUGAAGUGCUCCAUGAAGGUUCUUCUCACAGGAACCCCUGUGCAAAACGACCUCAUGGAAUUCUAUGCCAUGCUUGAUUUUGCCAACAAAGAUCUUUUGGGGCCUCUUUCUGCCUUCAAACGCUUGUAUGCCGAUCCCAUCCAAAAAAGUCGUGACCGGAACGCAAGUGACGAAGAAAAGAAACUGGGGCGCACAAGAUCAACUGAGCUUCAGUAUCGAACGCGUUCAUUCAUUCUGCAGAGGAGUGCUGAUGUGAACUUGAUGUAUCUCCCAGUAAAAACGGAGCUUAUCGUCUUCUGUAAACUUCAAGCUCCUCAGAUUUCACUUUACCUGGAUUUCCUCAAGUCUAAGACUGUUGAAACCCUGUUUUUACCAACGAGCCAUUCCGCUGUAAUUUUGUCCGCUAUUGGAACUUUGAGAAAGCUCUGCAAUCAUCCCAAACUUGUUCAGGCUGAAUUGAAAAAACAAAACAAUCAAAGAUCGUGCAACGAAAAUGAGAUUGACUCCUGCCAAAGCGAUGACUGGGGACAAUCUGGCAAACUUGAUUGCCUUCACAAGAUGAUUUCAGCAUUGCAUGCGGAUACACAUUUUGGUCCCAGAGAUAAAAUUGUUGUCGUCUCCAACUUCACUCAGACCCUCGACAUCAUCCAGAGCUUGUGUGAGCAAGAGAAGUGGAAGUGGCUUCGACUUGACGGAACUACAGAAGUGUCUGAAAGACAAUCAAAGGUAGAUCGAUUCAACUCUGACUACAGUGAAGAAAGAAUUUUUCUACUUUCUUCGAAGGCCGGAGGAACCGGAUUGAAUCUCAUUGGUGCCAACAGGCUUGUGCUGUUCGAUCCAGAUUGGAACCCAGCGACUGACGCCCAGGCUAUGGCUCGUGUUUGGAGAGAUGGUCAAAGGAAACCCGUGCUCAUUUACAGGCUUCUGUCAACCGGCAGUCUUGAAGAGAAAAUAUAUCAAAGACAAAUAAUGAAGCAAGAAAUAGCCGCAGCUGUAGGAGAACAAGUGGAAGGACAGCUCGGUCAUGCUGGGCGUCAUUUCAGCCGAGAAGAACUUCGUGAACUCUUCACAUUAAGACUGGAUACCCGCUGUGACACAUACGACUUACUCACCAAGUCAAGUGCACGACGAACUGAGCGUUGGAGGGACUACUCUGAUGAGCUCCAAGACCACGCUUUGGAAAGUGCAAUAAAGACAGGGACAGUGACAUUUGUACACAAAGUAGCAGGGAAAUUAGACAAGAAAAUUCCUCUCUGUAGCUCUAGUGGGCUCAAUACGACCUCUGAGUUAUCAGAAGAAUCAACAGAGUUAGAUAUUUGUGAGAAUGAAUCUUCUUUACUAUCAACGGAAUGUCCUCCGAUAUCACCAGAAUCUUGUCAAGAGCCGCUCUUGUUCAAUGGUAGCUUUCUUGCUAAUAGAGACCUCUCAGAUCUUCAACAACCUGAGAAUGGAAACCGAAGUGUAGUUAGCGAUAAAACCUGCUCACCGUCGGUUUCAACUGAAUUUGAAGACGACGAGGAUUUCAGUAAUCAUCCCGCUGGUGUUUCUGAAAGGCCUACAGAUAUAGAGGAACUAAACUACAACACAGAGUUGAAUAUUAACCAUCAAGCUAAUUCGCCAAUGAGGUCUCUCUCAGUUGAUAUCAACUCGCAUGGUCGUGAUCCGCCAAUGGGGGAUAUAGAAAGUGACAUUGAGGUAGAGAGUGUGGGUAGAGAAUGGGAGAAGUGCCGCUUAGGGUCUUGUAAAGGUGAGAAUGAGAUGAUUUCAGAGGCCAUGCACCAAGAUAUCAGGGAUGAGACAGCCUCCACAAGACUUAUAGAAGCCUCAACAAGUGCAAUUUGUCAAUCUGAAGGCGGAUGCAGUUGCUUAUUAGGAGACGAAGGCCACAAGCUGUUGAGUUAUAUGCUAGAAACUAUUGGGCCAGUGGGAUCCGAUGUCGACGAUCUAGAAGCGUUAGAUAUGCCUUUCUUGUCGAGUAUGGAGUUGGAACUAGAGCUGGAGAGAGCGCAAUUUACACCGCAGAAGCUUUGGGAAGGAUUCAAACUCUUUGCUCUUGGAUUCAUCGUUGGAGCGAAACAAGAACAGAUUUACUACAGCUGUUGUACUCUUGGACUUAUUCUGGAAAAGUGUAACGGAGACAAAACUUCAUCCGUUCAAAGUGUGUUUUGCAAGGGGUUACCAUUGGUGAGAAGUGCGCUUGGCAGGCGACAUGGUGACAGUGCAAUUGAACUGUCGCACCUCUUGAGCGUUUACGAAGAUGUAGAACAACUAUCCAGCACAACGAAUGGAAGAUAUCUGAUCGAAGUUACCAGACGAUGCAAGUCACUCGAACAUAACUGAGCCCAAUAAACUAUGUUCAUGUGCAAAUAAAACGUCUCGUGAAGAUGUCUUCAGGUUAUGUCCAUCAUUACAAGAUGUUAAAUAUAUGAAAUGUUCUUGUUAUUGCACGAUCAGUACAACC